GAAUGUAUCAGCAUCCACGUCGGACAGGCCGGAGUCCAGAUCGGAAACGCCUGCUGGGAGUUGUACUGUCUGGAACACGGUAUCCAGCCUGAUGGCCAGAUGCCCUCAGACAAAACAAUCGGGAAAGAAGACGACUCCUUCAACACAUUCUUCAGCGAGACUGGCGCUGGCAAGCACGUGCCAAGGGCUGUGUUCAUCGACUUAGAACCAACUGUAGUAGACGAGAUCCGGACCGGAACUUACCGCCAACUUUUCCACCCCGAGCAGCUGAUCACUGGUAAGGAGGAUGCCGCUAACAACUACGCCCGUGGUCAUUACACAGUCGGCAAAGCAUUAAUUGACUCAGUCCUAGACCGCAUCAGAAAGUUAAGUGACCAGUGCUGUGGACUACAGGGAUUCCUCAUCUUCCAUAGCUUUGGGGGAGGUACCGGAUCAGGAUUCACCUCCCUGCUCAUGGAGCGUCUCAGCGUAGAUUACGGGAAGAAGGCUAAACUUGAAUUCGCCAUCUACCCCGCUCCUCAAAUCUCCACCGCUGUCGUUGAGCCUUAUAAUUCCGUGCUGACUACACAUACCACCCUGGAGCACUCCGACUGUGCAUUCAUGGUCGACAACGAGGCUAUCUACGACAUCUGCCGUCGUAACCUUGACAUUGAACGUCCAACAUACGUAAACCUGAAUCGGCUACUUGCCCAAAUCGUAAGUUCCAUCACAGCUUCUCUUCGUUUCGACGGUGCCCUGAACGUCGACUUGACCGAGUUCCAGACCAACUUGGUGCCCUACCCACGUAUCCAUUUCCCCCUGGCAACGUACGCCCCUAUAAUCUCCGCCGAGAAGGCCUACCACGAGCAGUUGUCUGUUGCUGAUAUAACCAACGCCUGUUUCGAGCCUACUAGUCAAAUGGUAAAAUGUGAUCCCCGUCACGGCAAAUAUAUGGCCUGCUGCAUGUUGUACAGAGGUGAUGUUGUGCCCAAGGAUGUCAACGCUGCCAUCGCCACCAUCAAGACCAAGAGGACCAUCCAGUUCGUCGACUGGUGUCCAACUGGAUUUAAAGUAGGCAUAAAUUUUCAACGCCCGGCUGUCGUCCCAGGGGGAGAUUUAGCUCAAGUCAAACGGGCAGUGUGUAUGUUGAGCAACACCACCGCCAUAGGCGAGGCCUGGGCUCGUCUUGACCACAAAUUCGAUCUUAUGUACGCCAAGCGUGCUUUCGUCCACUGGUACGUCGGAGAGGGUAUGGAAGAGGGAGAGUUCUCCGAGGCUCGUGAGGAUAUGGCUGCCCUUGAAAAGGAUUACGAGGAAGUCGGUGUAGACUCCUUGGAUGACGAGGAAGGUGACAACGAAAAUGAAUUUUAA